GCAGCCCGCCUGCCCCGGCGCAGCACCAUGCCUGCCUGUCGCCUCGGCGCGCUCACCGCUGCCCUCCUCCUUGGCCUGCUGCUGCUCGACCUCCCCCCAGUCACAGGCACAGGAGCAGAGAAAAUGGGCGUGUGCCCCGAACUCGAGGCGAACCUCAACUGUACCGAGGAGUGCCACUCCGACAGCGAGUGUGCAGACAACCUCAAGUGCUGCCCGGCGGGCUGCGCCACCGUCUGCUCUGUGCCCAAUGAAAAGAAGGGUUCCUGCCCCCAGGUGGACAUUAGCUUCCCCCAACUUGGCCUCUGCCAGGACCAGUGCCAGGUGGACAGCCAGUGUCCUGGCCAGAUGAAAUGCUGCCGCAAUGGCUGCGGGAAGGUGUCCUGUGUCACUCCCAACUUCUGAGCUCCAGCGGCUACCAGCCUGGAGAGUGGGGAGGGGACGUUUCUGCCUGACCCUGUGUCUGGCUCCGGCUCGGCUGCUCUCACCUCUUUCUAGCCUCUGUGUUCCCUCCUGGGCUG